CUUUCUUCGCUCUCUAUAAAUACAACUCUGCACUCUCCAAAACCUACUUCACCAACUGAGAUCUACAUUAUUUGACAACACAGACACUCUUUAAUUAUUUCUCAAGCUGUUGCAGUUGAUAAAAAAGGCUUACGAAGGUGUUCUCUUGGGCAUGGGAAACCCACUGCUUGACAUUUCGGCUGUUGUGGACGAAGAUUUCUUGCAGAAGUAUAGCAUCUCGUUGAACAAUGCCAUCCUUGCUGAAGAUAAGCACCUUCCCAUGUACGAGGAAUUGGCUAGCAAGUACACAGCAGAGUAUAUUGCUGGAGGUGCUACUCAGAAUUCAAUUCGAGUUGCCCAGUGGAUGCUUCAAAUUCCUGGAGCAACUAGUUACAUAGGUUGCAUUGGGAAGGACAAGUUUGGGGAGGAGAUGAAGAGGAACUCGAAACUUGCUGGUGUUAAUGUUCAUUACUAUGGGGAUGAGACUACACCAACUGGUACUUGUGCUGUUUGUGUUGUUGGCGGAGAAAGGUCACUUGUUGCCAAUUUGUCAGCAGCUAAUUGUUACAAAUCUGAGCACUUGAAGAAACCAGAAAAUUGGGCACUAGUUGAAAAGGCGAAGUAUUUCUACAUUGCUGGGUUUUUCCUUACUGUGUCCCCUGAAUCUAUUCAACUCGUUGCUGAACAUGCUGCUGCGAACAACAAAGUCUUCAUGAUGAACCUUUCUGCUCCAUUUAUCUGCGAGUUCUUCAGAGAUGUGCUAGAGAAAGCAUUACCGUAUAUGGACUAUGUUUUCGGAAAUGAGACUGAAGCACGGACCUUUGCAAAAGUUCAUGGCUGGGAGACUGAUAAUGUUGAGGAGAUUGCUAUUAAGAUAUCUCAGUGGCCAACGGCAUCUGAUACUCGCAAGAGGAUUACUGUUAUUACUCAAGGUGCAGAUCCUGUUGUAGUUGCCCAGGAUGGGAAAGUGGAAUUGUUCCCUGUUGUCUUGUUACCAAAGGAGAAGCUGGUCGAUACCAACGGAGCAGGGGAUGCAUUUGUUGGAGGAUUUUUGUCACAGCUGGUACAGGAGAAGCCCAUUGAAGAAUGCGUUAGAGCGGGUUGCUAUGCAGCAAAUGUCAUCAUUCAAAGGUCAGGAUGCACAUACCCAGAGAAGCCAGACUUCCAUUAGACUUGUGUUCCUUUCUUGGUGCCAAAUGAUUUGUACUCGAGGUGAAGAAGUUUUCUUUGUUCCCCCAUCACUCCUGAAAUGACUUAUGACGGCAUGAUUAUUUGCUCCUGAAUCCAUACAUUUGGUAUCGGAUUCAUACUUGUUUUAUAUUCUAUAUUUGUUUGGGAUACUUGUUACAAAAUUGAUUAGGAUGCUUGUGAACUCAAUUCACCCAAACAAUUUUUGUUUUGCUGAAAGAAUAAGACAUGGUUACAAAAAAAUUGAAUCUGCUAUGGUUCCCAUGA